GGCUGUUCCAACAUCACCAACAUCUGUCUACAUGGCGAAAUAGCACGAGACUAUCCAUCGCCAUACACACACUCACACACACCACCACCACCACAACACCACCGACCGACCGACAGCCUCAGCACGCCUGAGCAUUCUCGCCCAGCAUGCCAGAAGCGGUGGCUGCAACGAAUGCCGCCCCAGCCCAGGACGACUGGACGGCCAAACUAUGGUCGGUGGGCAAGAGUGUCGCUUUCUUCGUCGCCAUUCAGGCUGGCAUGAGGCUGCUGAUGGGAGGCGGUGGAGCUGGCCAGACUGCAAAGCCAGCAGUGCCAACAACCACGCCCGGCGCAGAGGCUGUGGUGGGAGAGUGGAGUGCGGUGCCCGAACUACUCUAUCCGCUCUGGCCAUCCAAUACGACCGUGGACGUUACCCUCUACAUCUCCCCGAGCGUUGUCAUGCCGGCCUUCCGCGACAUGCCGUCAGACAGUCUGGUCGUGAAGGAAACGAACUUUGCACUGGAUAGGGCGCAAAAGGACUACCGAGAAGUGCACAAGAGCUUUGCUGUGCCCAAGAGCGUGCAGGACAAUGGAACCUUGUGGGCACAUAUCUUCGUCGGCCAGACCGGUGCUGAGCUGGAUCCAGCCUCGCCUUCGUACAACCCUGCCAAGGCAUAUCGUAUGCUCAGGCCCCUGACCUCCUACCUGGCCAAAAAGAAAGUGCACAAGGUGCGCAAUCUGCUUGGACCUCACAAUGAUACUGAGCUGGAGCCUAGUAUUGUCGAGGAAGAGCCCACCGGACCUUCCAUUGCAUCCUACUAUCACCCCAACUUUACGCUCUCGUUCGUGCCCGAUACUGGCAAUGUGGCCUGGGCUACACUCCAUCCCGCUGUCAAGCAAUUCUACAUCAUGGAAGCUACUGGCGCUCGCGAUGAGACGGGUAAAAAUGGCUGGUAUUAUCCUGUCCUCUAUCUAAACACGUUCUGGCAGCUAAAGUCGCAAAUGACUGAGUUGAACUCGACCAUUCCUCAAACUACACUUCCCAUCAAUGUAGGCGUGAGCACCCUGGCGGGAUGGCAAUUCAGCGUCAUGUGCAGCAUGGACGAAGGCAUGAAGCAAACUGCGCGAAAGGCUGCUCAUGGCGAGAGUACCCCUGGUGGAGGAGACGGUUCUGAGAUGGAGUUGAUCAAGGAGACUCUCUUGGACACUAACCCGUGGCUCCUCGGCACAACAGUCUUCGCCAGUGUGCUGCACAUGAUCUUCGAGCUGCUCGCAUUCAAGAGUGAUGUCGGCCAUUGGCGUAAGAAGAAGGACAACGUGGGAGUAUCGUUCCGAACCAUUCUAGCCAACGUAGUCAUGCAAACCGUCAUCUUCCUCUACCUCAUGGACAACAACGACAAUACCAGCUGGAUGAUUCUCUUCGGCCAAGGCAUGGGUAUCGCAAUCGAAGCUUGGAAAAUCACCAAAACCGUCGACGUCCGCAUCCGCCAACCCACCCCCACCUCAUACGCCCACAAGCUGGGACUUCCCUACACAAUCGUCUUCGAAGACAAACACGUCCUCAGCGAAACCGAAGAACAAACCGAAGAGUACGACCGAAUUGCCUUCCAAUACAUGGGCUACCUGGCUGGCCCACUGCUUCUCGCCUACGCAAUCUACUCUCUCUACUACGAGGAGCACAAAUCCUGGUACAGCUUCAUCAUCACCACCCUCGUAGGAAGUGUCUACGCCUACGGAUUCCUCAUGAUGGUACCAGCCCUCUACAUCAACUACCGUCUCAAAUCAGUCGCCCACAUGCCCGGUCGAACCAUGGCAUACAAAUUCCUCAACACCUUCAUCGAUGAUUUAUUCGCCUUCACCAUCAAAAUGCCCAUUCUGCACCGUUUGGCCACUUUACGCGAUGAUGUCAUCUUCUUCGUCUACUUGUACCAGGCUUGGGCCUACAAGGUCGACUACACCAGAGUCAAUGAAUUCGGCCAAGGGGGCGACGAGGAGGAAGAGGAAGCCAAGAAAGCCGCGAAACCAUUGACGAGUUCUUCUGGGAAAAGCAGCACGACGGAUGUGUCUGGGGAAUUGAAGGCACCAUUGGAUGGCAAGGUCAAAGGAUCUGGAAGCGGCGCCCCUGGUACGGCUGCCGUGUCUAGCGGAAAGGAUAAAGGUAGUGCGAGGAAGCGACGAGGAUAGAUUGUUGGUUGAAAAUCUACCUACAUGUAGGAUGUAAUAUAUGCAUGUCAAGAUAUAUUAGUUAUAUGGUAUAUUUUAUAUGUAUAGACAAAACGU